GCGGCGGGCGGCGAGGCAUGAGAGCGGCGGCCGGGGAGCGAUUGGAGCCGAGUCCCGGGGAGUCGGGGAGCAGCCAGAGCUACGCGGAGUACAAUGAAGCGGGGCAGCCCUGGAAGAAGUUUGUGUAUGUCGAACCACCUAGGAGAGUUAAGGAAGUGCUGGAAGAAGAGCUUUAUUUUCGGAGGGAUGAAUGCAGAGUUAAACACCCUUCAGAAGCGGCUCUGGAAGGAAUUUGGAGCUUGAAAAGGAAUUUCCCAGUGGGAGGCUUCAAGCCGGCAUCACAGAAUCCAAGCAGCUUGCUUUCACAGCCCAAGUACUACUCCAGACAUGCCGUAAUAAGAAGAUAGCCCCUGUGAAAAGCAGUGUUGAUUGAAGUGACAGGAACUAGGCAAAUUCACAGCUGCUAUUUUUAUCCAAAUGCUGAGUACUAUAUUCUAGAACUUGUAUCACAGCAUGUAAAAUAAACUUUGCAACCAUGCAUCA